AUGAGAAAAAAGAGUCCAAGAUUCUUCUCAAGAUGCUUUCCGCUAUCAAGAUUCAACAAACUAGUUAUUCUCCUCUUUGCAGUAACCGUUUGGAAUCACCACCAAGACUUUCAAGAUUUUUCACAUCGUAACGAUGACUUUGAAUCAUCGGGACGAGACUUGCAUCAUCGAGCGGAGGUAUCAAGCAUAAACCAAGCUGGAUUACAAGUAGACUUACAAGACCCAGCUAGAGAACACAUCAGUGAGAAGAACACGUAUGUAGGAGGCAAGGCUUCUCAAACCAAGUUGAAGAAUACAGAUGAUGUUGUUACUCCAAAGAAGCCGACAUCCAAACAAGUUGUAUCCGAAGCAUUAUGCUCUGGGCAAAACCCCAAGCCAGAAGUUUCGGUUUGGAUUCCAGCUUCGCCAGAUCAAUCAAUUGCAAGUCGAUUGCAAAUGUCUGUUGGUGACAUAUCAGAUGUGCCUCCAGCAAAUAAUGCUGAAGAGAACUCAUCGGACGGAACCAAAAAUGUGGCAAACGAGUUAUGCCCAUUGCCAACAAGCCAAGUAAAUAUCAUCAGCAAGUGUACGCAUUGGAUACUGCAAUCAUUGGAUGCCAACGGUAAUCCUAAAACAGUUGGUGGAGAUGAAUUUUAUGUGACCUAUCACGAUUACCUGUUGGAGACCACCAACAAUGUCAAUGCCACCUCCCGACCUCCUCCACCAGCUGCUGUUGCAAAGAUACAAGACUUUUCCAAUGGCACCUAUCUACUCAAAUUUAUUGAAUCGCCAUUUCUUCCAAGCUGGCAGCAUGGACACCUCUUGAAUGGAACCAUUUCAGUUACAUUUCAAUACACUUGUGGAAUGGGAUCAUGGAGCCCACCAACCAAAGAACGAUGGAAAUCUAGCGGGGCCGUCGGAGUGACACACUCGUAUUAUCCAGUGCAGCUGGCACCUCCAAAAAUGCAGCCAUUUGAGCCUCCUACCAUGCACAUGGAUUGGGAAGAAUCAUCAUCGAGCAAUGAUUCCAAAUUUUCAGCAUCCCCAAGAACAAGAUUGUACUUGGACUGGACUAGCACUUCAAUUUCGGACUCUGAAAUCUCCAGUGCGAAAUUAAACGAAUCAUCAUCGUACAAGGAGCCACAUAUCCUGGCGUUUGGCGAUUCAUUGAUGCAGCAGUUCGUCAAGUCAUGGAAGCAGACCGAAAUUCCAAAUGUGGGAAUGCCGCUCAACACGACGACAGUCAAGGACUGGAUUCAGCUUUUGGAACGACGUUUGGGGUCCAAAUUGAAGGCACUAACUAGUGGAAGCAAAGCAGAGACGACAAGCGUGGCUUUGAUUGUAGGCAGUUCGACCUGGGAUCUUCUCGAAGCACAAUCUGCUGAUGGAUGGGAAGAUCAUGCAUCCGCAAUGAAAACCUUGAUUGGUUUCAUUCAAGAGCAUUACUUGAGUAAAUCCAAGAACCUUCGGCUGUUUUGGAAGUCGCCGACGGCAAUGCACAUUCAUAUUCCACUCCUGGAGAAUGAAGGAUUACAGAAAGACGACGACGGUGGCCGUUUGACAAAGCUUAAUAAGCGCAUCAAGUACAUGAGCACCUCACGGUCCGAUGAAUUGUAUGCAGUGCAAAAGAAGGUCUGUACUUUUUUAAAGACUCCGUUCCUGGAUGUCUAUGAAACAAGCUAUCUAUCGGCCCAUCACACUCAGGUUGGAGAUGGUCGUCAUUACGACGAAGAAUUCAAUCGAUACACACUCCAAUCCUUUUUCAAAUACACCACCGUGGAGCAUUUCUGGUAUCGAUACCAAUGGAAGAUACUUUCCAACUCUAAAUCCAAUCGCAUCUUGAGUGUUUGGUACUGUCCCGAUUCUUGGUUGGACGCGAUUCAAGCAGUACUCUUGGCGGCAGUGACCAAUCGACAGUUGGAGUUUGAUCCUACGAGGGCGUGCGAUGGCUGGAAGAACUACGAGCCAUACCUGUUGCAACGGGGCCUCGAACAUUCCUUGGAAAGCACUACAGGCAACAAGAAGCAUGCGGCGAAACUGGAAGGAAAGCUUCCAUUUCCACUUUCAUUGGACGCGCUGGUGGAACACAGCUGGAUUCCAAAUAGCAUUGGGAGUCCAUCGUAUCAAGUCGCCAUGGAAGCAUUUGAGGAAGGUCCCAGCUAUUUGUACGGAAUGAUUUGGUAUAACCUCCUGUGCAAGAGUAGCUCAUUGAGUCAGGCCGAUGAUCAACGACAAGCCGCCUUCCAGAAUUCCAACGAUCACCUUGUUCUUUCGGUCUCCAAUGACAGUGGGCAAGGAGACAUUCGCAGGUGUGUUUCCGAGAAACUAUUGCAGGCUUUAGGUAAUCUGAAGGGAAGACAAGACGCGGUCAAGCUGGGAUGUAAGGUGCUCUUCACCUUUGAGCAAGACAGGAAAUUGUGGAAAGAAACUCUUCAGAACGAGUACAACUGUACCGCUGAGCUCUUGCCUUUGACAGGAACGGCUAUUGGGAGCGAGAUCCAUAAUGGCCAAUCCAGUGUUGAGAAAACACUGAUUUGGCAUCAAGCUCAUGCGAUAGCAAAAAUGGCAAAGGAUGGGUACAUUGCUCGAUGUGAUGAACCUGAUGACAUUCUAUUCAAUAGUUUGGUGCACUACAUUCGAGCAAAGGAGGGACGAGAAAACCACCUUUCGCCGAUAGAAGAAUGGGCUUGUUGUAUCUGA